AACGCAAAUGGUAGACGGUGUAAACUCCUCCUGCACGGGCUGCUAAGACUUUACAAAACAUGCUAACCUCAAACCACCAGGAAGUAAGAAAAGCCAGCAAUUUGUCGAGUGAAGGAGUGCAAUUCAGGCGAAGAACAAAAUAGAUAAUUUCUCUUACAAAAUAAAUCCACAAUUCUGUGAUUAAAACGAUGGACAGAUUGACCACUGUGAGACAGAGAGUACUUACGGCGGUGUUCAUUACUGUCGUGGUACUCUGUAGUUUCGUUUGGCGGGCGGAAUGUCAAACCGCAUCUUCACCACCGACGACGCCCUGCAGUGCCCAUUCAGUCUGUGACUCUUGUGUUAAAAACACGAAGUGUCUGUGGUGUUUUACCAACAACACUUGCACAGAGUACCCAGUGACCUGGCUGUUGCCUCCGCCUUCGCUGUGCAAGCUGUCCCAGGCACGAUGGGGAAUGUGUUGGGUAAACUUUGAGGCCUUGAUUAUUGCCAUGGCUGUGGUGGGCGGGACUAUUAUCAUCAGUGCUGCUGUGUGCUGCUGCUGCUGCUGCCGUGGUUGUUGUUUCUGCAAGAGACGCCAGUCAGGGCCAGACAGAGAUGAGGAGAGAUUUGCCAGGAGGAGAGAGGAGAUCAGACAGCGUGCUGAUGAACGGAAGAUGGAGAGGAAGGCAAGACACGAUGAGAUUUGCAAGAAGUAUGGUCUGAUUGGUGAUUCUGACCACCCAUACAGCAAGUUUGAGAAUGAGUGAAGCAGAAGUGUGUUGGAGGUGUUCCUCAGGUAGUGUUUCUGCUCCACAUCCGGCCUUAUGUUUCUUGUUUUAAAUUAAAGUGAUGCCCUUCUCCUCCAACAUGAACUACAGAGCUGUAUUUAAGAGAACAUGAAUAGAAAAAUACAGUCAUUGUCAAGAAAAGGAUUACUGUGCAAAUUACUUUUUUGAAACUGUAACAAAACCUGAUUUAAGAAAAUAUGUGAAUGAAUUUAUUUUUUCUCUUCAUUUGACUUUGACUCAUAUUUAGGGAGCCUGUGCAGUAUUUUGUGUCAGAGAAAGGAUAAUGAAGCUUCUUUUUACACUUUCUGCACAGUUAUUUUUGUGUUGUGAAACUUGAUUUCAUGAGUUAUGGUUUUAAUAUGGUAGUUUCCAUAUCAGUCUUUUCACUUUGUACAUACUGUAUUUCAUAAAUCAAAGUCAUUGUCAAGUGAUUAUGCUGACACCUGAAUAAAAUGUUUCCUU